UUAACACAAAAUCUAUUGUUUUACCCAAAUAUUAUAAUCGUUUAAGCGCAAAAACAUUAAACAAAAAGUGAUACCAUACACUAACGUAUAAUUUAAUAAACGUUUAGUGUCCUAAUUGUAAAAUUUGAAGUUGUUUGAUGUGGAUGUGGCACCACUGUCUUAAUUUGGCGGGCUAGCGUCAUUGUAUUUGUCGUCCGGUCGUUCAUCUUUUUGUCCCAAUUACACCAAUUUUAACAUUAUUCGUUUGUGUUUGUUUCAAUAAUGGGGGAUAAAGGUGACUCCGAAACUUUCGACGAUGCGGUCGAGGAGCGAGUCAUCAACGAAGAAUACAAAAUCUGGAAAAAAAACACUCCUUUUUUGUACGAUCUUGUAAUGACACAUGCCCUCGAGUGGCCCUCUUUGACAGCUCAGUGGCUGCCCGAUGUAACGCGCCCCGAGGGCAAAGACCACUCCAUCCACCGCCUGAUCCUCGGGACUCACACCUCAGAUGAGCAAAACCAUCUCCUGAUCGCCAGCGUCCAACUUCCGAACGAAGACGCCCAAUUCGACGCCUCCCACUACGACAAUGAGAAGGGCGAGUUCGGGGGCUUCGGCUCGGUGUCUGGCAAAAUCGAAAUCGAGAUUAAAAUCAACCACGAGGGGGAGGUGAACCGGGCCCGCUACAUGCCCCAAAACCCGUGCGUGAUAGCCACCAAGACCCCCUCGAGCGACGUCCUAGUGUUCGACUACACGAAACAUCCGAGCAAGCCCGACCCCAAUGGGGAGUGCCACCCGGAUUUGAGGCUCCGGGGGCACCAGAAGGAGGGCUACGGGCUGUCCUGGAACCCCAAUUUGAACGGUUAUUUACUCUCAGCGAGCGACGACCACACGAUUUGUCUCUGGGACAUCAACGCAACUCCGAAAGAGAACCGGAUUAUAGACGCUAAGACGAUUUUCACGGGGCACACGGCUGUCGUGGAGGACGUGGCAUGGCACCUCCUGCACGAAAGCCUCUUCGGGUCGGUCGCUGAUGACCAGAAACUGAUGAUUUGGGACACCAGGUGUAACAACACCAGCAAACCCUCACACACUGUCGAUGCUCACACGGCAGAAGUCAACUGUCUCAGCUUCAAUCCCUAUUCCGAGUUUAUCCUCGCCACGGGGAGCGCCGACAAGACUGUAGCUUUGUGGGAUUUGAGGAACCUCAAACUGAAAUUGCACAGUUUUGAGUCACACAAAGACGAGAUUUUCCAAGUCCAGUGGAGCCCCCAUAACGAGACUAUUCUAGCCUCGUCGGGGACUGACAGGAGGUUGCAUGUGUGGGAUUUGAGCAAGAUCGGCGAGGAGCAAAGUCCGGAAGAUGCCGAGGAUGGUCCACCGGAGCUCCUCUUCAUACAUGGGGGCCACACGGCUAAAAUUUCAGAUUUUAGCUGGAAUCCCAACGAGCCCUGGGUCAUUUGUUCCGUUUCCGAGGAUAAUAUUAUGCAAGUCUGGCAGAUGGCUGAAAAUAUUUAUAAUGAUGAGGAGCCCGAGCAGCAGGCCGAUAUGGAGACUCCGGCGAAUUAAUCCAAUUUUUUUUUUGUUAUUUAUGUUUCAUUUUAGCGUUACCUUUAAGCAUAAUGAGUUCUCGAAAUCUUACUGAAGUAAUUAAGUCAGUGUGACUAUUUGUGUUUAUCACUUAUGUUAUGCACAAUAUUUUAAUAAUUUUUUACAAAUAAAUAAAUGCCCAGUUCA